AAGUGGGGACUGGGACUGACCUGGCUCAAACACUCUCCUGUCAAGAUGUUGCACCUCAAACUCUUUGCAGUGCUUUUGACCUGCCUGUUGCUGUUAGGCCAGGUAGACGGCUCCCCAGUUCCGGCACUGGGUCCAGCAAAGAGAAGAUUGCAGAGAAUGACCCCGUUUUGGAGAGGAGUGUCCCUUAGGCCUAUUGGAGCCUCCUGCCGAGAUGAUUCUGAAUGUACCACGAGAUUGUGCAGAAAGAGACGCUGUUCCCUCAGUGUGGCCCAGGAAUGAUACGUGUACCAGAAAGGACAGCACUCACCUCAAUGCUCCGUUCUAUGGAGUAUUGACUGACUGCAUUUGGGAGACACCUAAGAGAAGCAAUCUUGUAUUUUUAAUAUUUAAAGACAGAUGUGUGCUUUAAUUACGUCUCCAUUUCUUCUUAGACUGUUAUUUGGAUAAACAUGACUGAAAUUUUCAA